AUGAGUCGAACUCUACAAUUUUCCAAGCCUUUAAAGUUUUUAUCAACACAAGAAAAAAUGUCCAACAAACCAAUUGACUCUCAUCAAGCGAAUGAGGAGAAGAAACGAAAACGAUCGGACGUUGCCACUACAAAAAACAAGAAGGAUGAUCAAAAGAAAUUCAUCAAUAGUAUUUCGAGAAUAUUUUUGCAUACAGAAACUGAAUUGUUUGCCAAGAAGGUAAAGGAAGAUGAAAAUAAGGAUAAAUUGUUGGAAGCCAUCAAGGAGUUUUUAACAAAAAUUAAAAGUCCAGACAUGGUUAGGGAAACAAUUACAGAAAUUGGAAAGAUUUUUACUAAAGAAAAAUGGGAAAAUCAUUUUUAUAUGAAUGUUAUUAGAAAACUAAGGGAAGAUCCUUCCGAUGCCUCAAAAAGAGUUUUAAAAUUGAUUAUUUCUGAACAAUCAAAUAGAUUUGAAUCUCUUAAAGGACUUUUUCAGUUUGUCAAUAAUAUUAUGAUUCUGAAAGAACAAGAAAAUUUUCAAGUUUCGGCAUCAAUUUUUUUGGAAAUGUUGAAAGUUAACUAUUCACAUGUUAACUGGUUACUUAUUGGUAUUAAUGCAUUGAUAAAUUGCUAUAAUUAUGAAAUGAAUGUGGAUGCAUUGAAAACUCUGGAAAACAUUUUGAAUGAUUAUAUAGAUAUUUGGACUUUUUACAUUUCUACACCAUCAGAAAAACGAAGAUUUCAACAAUACAAAUCAAUGAUGCCAAAAAAAAGCCUUGAUGAAAUCAGAACAACCAUCAUGAAUGUUGUUUAUCCAGGCCAAGAGAAAAAAGAAGUCAUACUCAUAGAAGAAUCAAAAUUCAAGAUUAGGAAGAAGAAAUUGAGAAAGACCACCAUAAAAAUAAGAAAUUCAUUAGCAUUUGAGGUUCAUAAAGUGAAAGUUGGAUUACAUUUAACAAAGCAUUUAAUGAGAAACUUUGUCACAAAUAGAUCUAGUAAGGAAAGAAAUCACAUUUUAGCAAAAGUGAACUCUUGCAAGUAUGAAUUUUAUGUAAAAUUUGAAUCAGUUAAAAUGGUGGAUAUUAUGAAAAAGGCUGGAUUGAGAGAGGUAAUUUGUGAUCAAAUAGUUCAAAAUGGAUCUAAAAAACAGGAGCCAAUAAGAGUCAAAGUUGAUUAUAAGAAUAAUCCUGAGCUAGUGGAAGAGAAUGGAAAUUUUUGGAUCAUGAAAACAAUAGAUUUGCCCUUCAGAUUUACAUCUUGCAAUUGCACUGUUGAAAUUCCUGAGAUUGGAUACACUCAGGAAGUGGUUGAAUUAUUUGAUUUGACCACCAAGAUGGAAUAUCAAAUAGAUGAAUUGCCAAAUUUCAGAUUCUAUGAAAGGACAGGAAUGAAGAAAAGAAUCAAACCUCUGAAAGAGAAUGUUUUCGAUACUGACUUUGGAUAUUUGGAUGGAAAUUACUACGCUUAUCAAGUCACUCCCUCACUUCCAUCCUCAUCAACAAAUAAUAAGCUACCUAUUCGAGUAAUUUUAGAAGGUAGACCAAUGAGUAAACUAAUAGUAGAAACAAAAAUCAAACCAAUGAAAAACAUUGAGAAAUAA